AUGGUCACCAGUCAUCGGGUAGAAGCCAGCUCCGCUGUUCCAACUCCAACUGUUUCACAUGGGGUGCCAGGAGUGGUGACCCCCCUGGUCACUAGUUCUAUGGCAGUCACCAGUGCAACUGUUCCAAUUCUAACUCUUUCUCCUGGUGAACGAGAGACCAUACCUUCAAUGGCCACCAGUCAUGGGGCAGAAGCCAGCUCAGCUGUUCCAAAUCCAACUGUUUCACCUGAGGUACCAGGAGUGGUGAACCCUCUGGUCACUAGUUCUAUGGCAGUGACCAGUACAACUAUUCCAAAUCUGACUCUUUCUCCUGGUGAACCAAAGACUAUACUUUCAAUGGCCACCAGUCAUCGGGUAGAAGCCAGCUCAGCUGUUCCAACUCCAACUGUUUCACAUGGGGUGCCAGAAGUGGUGACCUCUAUGGUCACUAGUUCUAGGGCAAUGACCAGCACAACUAUUCCAAUUCUGACUCUUUCUCCUGGUGAACCAGAGACCACACCUUCAGUGGCCACCAGUCAUGGAGCGGAAGCCAGCUCAGCCGUUCCAGCUGUUUCACCUGAGGUACCAGGAGUGGUGACCCCCCUGGUCACUAGUUCUAUGGCAGUGACCAGUGCAACUAUUCCAAUUCUAACUCUUUCUCCUGGUAAACGAGAGACCAUACCUUCAAUGGCCACCAGUCAUGGGGCAGAAGCCAGCUCAGCUGUUCCAACUCCAACUGUUUCACAUGGGGUGCCAGGAGUGGUGACCUCUAUGGUUACUAGUUCUAGGGCAAUGACCAGCACAACUAUUCCAAUUCUGACUCUUUCUCCUGGUGAACCAGAGACCACACCUUCAGUGGCCACCAGUCAUGGAGCGGAAGCCAGCUCAGCCGUUCCAGCUGUUUCACCUGAGGUACCAGGAGUGGUGACCCCCCUGGUCACUAGUUCUAUGGCAGUGACCAGUGCAACUAUUCCAAUUCUAACUCUUUCUCCUGGUGAACGAGAGACCAUACCAUCAAUGGCCACCAGUCAUGGGGCAGAAGCCAGCUCAGCUGUUCCAACUCCAACUGUUUCACAUGGGGUGCCAGGAGUGGUGACCUCUAUGGUCACUAGUUCUAGGGCAAUGACCAGCACAACUAUUCCAAUUCUGACUCUUUCUCCUGGUGAACCAGAGACCACACCUUCAGUGGCCACCAGUCAUGGAGCGGAAGCCAGCUCAGCCGUUCCAGCUGUUUCACCUGAGGUACCAGGAGUGGUGACCCCCCUGGUCACUAGUUCUGUGGCAGUGACCAGUGCAACUAUUCCAAUUCUAACUCUUUCUCCUGGUGAACGAGAGACCAUACCUUCAAUGGCCACCAGUCAUGGGGCAGAAGCCAGCUCAGCUGUUCCAACUCCAACUGUUUCACAUGGGGUGCCAGGAGUGGUGACCUCUAUGGUUACUAGUUCUAGGGCAAUGACCAGCACAACUAUUCCAAUUCUGACUCUUUCUCCUGGUGAACCAGAGACCACACCUUCAGUGGCCACCAGUCAUGGAGCGGAAGCCAGCUCAGCCGUUCCAGCUGUUUCACCUGAGGUACCAGGAGUGGUGACCCCCCUGGUCACUAGUUCUAUGGCAGUGACCAGUGCAACUAUUCCAAUUCUAACUCUUUCUCCUGGUGAACGAGAGACCAUACCUUCAAUGGCCACCAGUCAUGGGGCAGAAGCCAGCUCAGCUGUUCCAACUCCAACUGUUUCACAUGGGGUGCCAGGAGUGGUGACCUCUAUGGUCACUAGUUCUAGGGCAAUGACCAGCACAACUAUUCCAAUUCUGACUCUUUCUCCUGGUGAACCAGAGACCACACCUUCAGUGGCCACCAGUCAUGGAGCGGAAGCCAGCUCAGCCGUUCCAGCUGUUUCACCUGAGGUACCAGGAGUGGUGACCCCCCUGGUCACUAGUUCUGUGGCAGUGACCAGUGCAACUAUUCCAAUUCUAACUCUUUCUCCUGGUGAACGAGAGACCAUACCUUCAAUGGCCACCAGUCAUGGGGCAGAAGCCAGCUCAGCUGUUCCAACUCCAACUGUUUCACAUGGGGUGCCAGGAGUGGUGACCUCUAUGGUUACUAGUUCUAGGGCAAUGACCAGCACAACUAUUCCAAUUCUGACUCUUUCUCCUGGUGAACCAGAGACCACACCUUCAGUGGCCACCAGUCAUGGAGCGGAAGCCAGCUCAGCCGUUCCAGCUGUUUCACCUGAGGUACCAGGAGUGGUGACCCCCCUGGUCACUAGUUCUGUGGCAGUGACCAGUGCAACUAUUCCAAUUCUAACUCUUUCUCCUGGUGAACAAGAGACCAUACCUUCAAUGGCCACCAGUCAUGGGGCAGAAGCCAGCUCAGCUGUUCCAACUCCAACUGUUUCACAUGGGGUGCCAGGAGUGGUGACCUCUAUGGUUACUAGUUCUAGGGCAAUGACCAGCACAACUAUUCCAAUUCUGACUCUUUCUCCUGGUGAACCAGAGACUACACUUUCAGUGGCCACCAGUCAUGGGGCAGAAGCCAGCUCAGCUGUUCCAAAUCCAACUGUUUCACCUGAGGUACCAGGAGUGGUGACCCCCCUGGUCGCUAAGUUCUAUGGCAGUCACCAGUACAACUACUCCAAUUCUAACUCUUUCUCCUGGUGAACCAGAGACCACACCUUCA